GAAAGAAAAUUAAGCCACCACUUCUCCUCUGUCGAGAGCUUCAGUUCUAGAGCAACAAUGUCUUUAUUUCUGAAGCCCUUCCUCUUCCUCUACGACACCACUCUUAGUCUCCUCUUACUUCUGUUUAAUGGAGGGAGUCUUGAAGAUGCUGCAGCAAAACAGGAGAGGCUUGAAGCAGACAAAAAUGCUGCAGAGUCUGAAUGGAUCCAACUCCAAUAUUUGUGGACCAAAACGAGGAGUGUUGUAUUACUUCCUGUUUUCAAGGGUUUGGUGGUUAUGUGUUUGGUUCUAUCCAUUAUAGUGUUCUUUGAGAGUUUUUACAUGAACUUUGUGAUACUCUUCGUCAAGUUAUUUAGACGUAAACCCCAUAAAGUGUACAAAUGGGAGGCCAUGCAAGAAGAUGUUGAGGUUGGACCCGAUAACUACCCAAUGGUUCUUAUCCAAAUACCAAUGUACAAUGAAAAAGAGGUUUUUCAAUUAUCUAUAGCGGCAAUAUGUAGUUUGGUGUGGCCAUCAAGCCGCCUAGUAGUUCAAGUUGUAGAUGAUUCUACGGAUCCGGCCGUAAGGGGCGGUGUGGACAUAGAGAUUGCAAAAUGGCAAAGCCAAGGCAUAAACAUAAGGUGUGAAAGGAGAGAUAAUAGGAACGGCUAUAAAGCUGGAGCUAUGAAAGAAGCUCUUACGCAUAGCUACGUCAAGCAAUGCGAUUUCGUAGCAGUCUUCGAUGCCGAUUUCCAACCAGAGCCCGAUUACCUCAUCCGCACCGUCCCCUUUCUUGUCCACAACCCUGACGUUGCUCUCGUUCAAGCCCGAUGGAUAUUUGUUAACGCGAACAAAUGUUUGAUGACGAGGAUGCAAGAGAUGUCUCUCAACUAUCAUUUCAAGGUGGAACAAGAAUCAGGGUCGACUAGACAUGCUUUCUUCGGAUUUAAUGGAACCGCGGGUAUAUGGAGAAUAUCGGCAAUGGAAGCAGCAGGAGGAUGGAAAUCAAGGACCACAGUAGAGGACAUGGACUUGGCUGUUCGUGUUGGUCUUCACGGCUGGAAAUUUGUCUACCUUAACGACCUCAAGGUGAGAAACGAGCUUCCAAGCAAAUUCAAGGCCUACAGAUUCCAGCAACAUAGGUGGUCCUGUGGACCGGCCAAUCUAUUUAGAAAAAUGACGAUGGAGAUCAUUCGUAAUAAGAAAGUAUCAAUAUGGAAGAAGUUCUAUGUGAUCUACAGCUUUUUCUUCGUAAGGAAAGUGGCAGUACACUUCUUGACAUUCUUCUUCUACUGUAUAAUUGUGCCAACAAGUGUCUUCUUCCCUGAAAUCUACAUCCCAUCUUGGUCUACCAUUUACAUUCCCUCUUUGAUCACUAUCUUCCACACCAUGGCAACUCCAAGAUCCUUCUACCUCGUGAUAUUUUGGAUCUUGUUCGAGAAUGUAAUGGCUAUGCAUCGAACCAAAGGAACGUGCAUUGGCCUACUUGAAGGAGGAAGAGUGAACGAAUGGGUUGUGACCGAAAAAUUAGGAGAUGCUUUAAAGAAUAAGCUACUCUCGCGGGUCGUUCAAAGGAAAUCUUGUUAUGAGAGAGUGAAUUCAAAGGAAGUGAUGGUGGGGGUGUACAUAUUAGGAUGUGCACUCUAUGGCCUGAUCUAUGGCCACACAUGGUUACAUUUCUAUCUUUUUCUUCAGGCCACGGCCUUUUUCGUCUCCGGUUUUGGUUUUGUUGGAACCUAAUAAGAACCUUCCCGGCCCAUUAUUUUUAGUCACCAAAUAAAUUGUCCAUGUUUUAGUUCUUAUUUACAGUUUUACCAUUGUUCGGUUUGGACCCCAUAUCAUGUUCACAUGUUGUAUAAGUAUAACGAAUAAGAUUUUUUUGUUUGUUUGAAUGUAUACGUCACUCUGUAAUUUCCCCAUUGUUAUUUAUCAUCCUUUAUUUGAAAGUCGACAAAAUAA